AGCACUUUGGAUGCCAUAAACGAAGUCAGUGGGGAAACUCGAAAAACCUCACUCUCUCCAAACAAAGAUCGAAUCUUUUGAUUGAAUUUCUCGCGAUUGGGGUUGGUUUUUGUGGAAUUCGUGAUUAACAAGUGAGGAAUCGAUGGCGAGUUGGGUGAGGAGUUGCUUGCAAUCGACGCUGAAGCUUGUGAAUUCGGUGAUUGGAAUGGCAGGGAUGGCUAUGAUCCUCUAUGCUCUCUGGAUGAUUAGGGUUUGGUGCAAGGAGAUGAAUGGACAGUGGGGUCGUGCUCUUGGUUCAACCCCUCCUUGGUUCAUCUACACAUUUUUUGGACUCGGAAUCUCGCUCUGUCUGAUAACAUGCUCUGGUCAUAUUGCUGCUGAAACUGCAAAUGGUCAUUGCCUUUCUUGCUAUAUGGUGUUUGUUUUUCUUCUCAUUAUCCUGGAGGGUGCAAUUGCCACAGAUAUAUUUCUAAACAGAAACUGGGAACAGGAUUUCCCAGAAGAUCGUACGGGGAGAUUCAAUGAAUUCAAGCAUUUUGUUAGAUCAAACUUUGAGAUUUGCAAAUGGGUAGGCUUGAUUGUUGUAGCUUCACAGGCUGUUUCCAUCUUUCUCGCAAUGAUUCUCAGAGCUCUCGGGCCAGAUCGUGGAAGUUUCUACGACAGUGAUGAUGAUUACACACCCGCUCGGCUUCCACUCUUACGAAACCAUGUCCAGCAUAAUCCAUCCACAGUCAGUCCUCAUCCACCUCUAAACAGUGAUUCAUGGAAUGUCGGAAUACAUGAAAAGAUUAACAGGUAACUCUCACAUUUUAUCAAAUCGUAUCGUCCCUUCAAACAUCAGCAAAGUCUAUGACCAGUGAGUAUUAUCAUGUUCUCAGCUCGUUCUUCCAGUAAAUUUCUGUUUUAAGCCUAAACAAGAAUGAUUACAAAUUGUAUAAAGCUCGACAAAUCAUCGCGUGAAAUUUAUUCAGCAGUAAUUGUGAUAUUGGUCAGAAUAUUAGAACAACAAAGAAGUAGAACAUAUAUGAAAUAUGCACUAUCUAUGUGAUGGGCACAUUCACAUGACUAUGAACUUGCUCUUUUUA